AUGAAGGUAUUCACCGUACUUGUGGCUGUAGCCCUCGCAGUUACAUCCUCAUACGCCGACCAAUCAAAGUAUCUUCGUUCAACAGCAAUCAAUGAAGAUGAGGUCAUAGAUGCGGACUCGCAGGAUUCCAAAAAAAACGAAGACAAAUUGACUGUUCGCUUGGCCGACUUCGCCACCUCUGGCAAAGUCAACAUCAUGGAUUUGAUCGGAAACGGAAAAGGCCAGGUUCGAUUUGAUGAUAUUAUAGAAGCCAAGUUAUUUGAAGGCGAUGACCCUAGUCAUUCAAGUAGAAAGAGCAGAACGAAAUCUAUAACGCAGAACGCUGACCCUGAUGACGACGACAGUGAUAAGGAUGCCGAUUCCGACGAUGAAUCAAAGAAAUUCGAGAAGCCUGACAACAAAAAUUCCAAACAUGUCUCUGACGAUGGUGGCAACGAUAGUUUUGAUUCGAUGAUGAAAGAACUGAACGCUUUUGUCAAGGGAAAGCAGUACAAGGCCGGCAAUACGGACACCGGAUUGAAGGACAAGUCUCCUCGUAAUGUUAAGGAAGAAUCGGAAGUGGCCCAAGACGACCCGAUUCUAUCUAAUGGCCGCAACAUUAAGGCCAAAAAAAUCUUGAGUGAUGAAGAGGACCCGAACAUACAGCAGUCGGAAAUUGAGGAGGACGAUAAGGACACUAAGCCUUCCAAGAAGACGGCCCCCUAA